AUGCUACUACCCUGUUAUCACCCCGCCUUCCCUCCUUUCCCUCCCUUUCCUCCCUCCACUCCCUCUUCUCAUCCCCUCUCCCAACAACCCUCACUCAUCUCCCGCGGCUGCACCCCCUGCGUCCAACCCUCUCCGGCCUUCGCUGGCAGUCAAGCUGUUCCGCAGGCGCUGGCGGCAUGGGGGCAGCUUGGGGGCGGCUGGCAGGCGUGGUCGGGCAGCAGUGACUGCUCAACCGUGCAGGGCGUCACGUGCGACGCUCAUGGCAAGGCAACGUUGUCUCCCUGGUACGUGAGGCAUGUGAGUGCUGCUCCAGCGCAUGUGAGUGCUGCUCCAGCGCAUGUGAGUGCUGCUCCAGCGCAUGUGAGUGCUGCUCCAGCGCAUGUGAGUGCUGCUCCAGCGCAUGUGAGUGCUACUCCAGCGCAUGUGAAUGCUGCUCCAGCGCAUGUGAGUGCUGCUCCAGCGCAUGUGAGUGCUGCUCCAGCGCAUGUACCAGUGCUGCUCCAGCGCAUUGCUGCUCCAGCGCAUGUGAGUGCUACUCCAGCGCAUGUGAAUGCUGCUCCAGCGCAUGUGAGUGCUGCUCCAGCGCAUGUGAGUGCUGCUCCAGCGCAUGUGAGUGCUGCUCCAGCGCAUGUGAGUGCUGCUCCAGCGCAUGUGAGUGCUGCUCAAGCGCAUGUGAGUGCUGCUCCAGCGCAUGUGAGUGCUGCUCCAGCGCAUGUGAGUGCUACUCCAGCGCAUGUGAAUGCUGCUCCAGCGCAUGUGAGUGCUGCUCCAGCGCAUGUGAGUGCUGCUCCAGCGCAUGUGAGUGCUGCUCCAGUGCAUGUGAGUGCUGCUCCAGCGCAUGUGAGUGCUGCUCCAGCGCAUGUGAGUGCUACUCCAGCGCAUGGGAAUGCUGCUCCAGCGCAUGUGAGUGCUGCUCCAGCGCAUGUGAGUGCUGCUCCAGCGCAUGUGAGUGCUGCUCCAGCGCAUGUGAGUGCUGCUCCAGGGCAUGUGAGUGCUACUCCAGCGCAUGUGAAUGCUGCUCCAGCGCAUGUGAAUGCUGCUCCAGCGCAUGUGAGUGCUGCUCCAGCGCAUGUGAGUGCUGCUCCAGCGCAUGUGAGUGCUGCUCCAGCGCAUGUGAGUGCUGCUCCAGCGCAUGUGAGUGCUGCUCCAGCGCAUGUGAGUGCUGCUCCAGCGCAUGUGAGUGCUGCUCCAGCGCAUGUGAGUGCUGCUCCAGCGCAUGUGAGUGCUGCUCCAGCGCAUGUGAGUGCUGCUCCAGCGCAUGUGAGUGCUGCUCCAGCGCAUGUGAGUGCUACUCCAGCGCAUGUGAGUGCUGCUCCAACGCAUGUGAGUGCUGCUCCAGCGCAUGUGAGUGCUGCUCCAGCGCAUGUGAGUGCUGCUCCAGCGCAUGUGAGUGCUGCUCCAGCGCAUGUGAGUGCUGCUCCAGCGCAUGUGAGUGCUGCUCCAGCGCAUGCGAGUGCUGCUCCAGCGCAUGUGAAUGCUGCUCCAACGCAUGUGAGUGCUGCUCCAGCGCAUGUGAGUGCUGCUCCAGCGCAUGUGAGUGCUGCUCCAGCGCAUGUGAAUGCUGCUCCAGCGCAUGUGAGUGCUGCUCCAGCGCAUGUGAGUGCUACUCCAGCGCAUGUGAAUGCUGCUCCAGCGCAUGUGAGUGCUGCUCCAGCACAUUGCGGCAGAUGGGACGCACCAUCAACGUCUCAGCCAUCCCUCUCCUCACCUCAGUACAUUGCCCCAUCUGUAGUCCUUCCACGUCUCCCCUCCCUCUCCCUCUCCUAA